AUGGACAAUCCCGUUUUUUUGGAUGAAGAAAUUCCAUUUGUCGAAUCAGGUGUCUACGAAAUCGAUGAAGCAGGCGGUGGCGGUAAUGGUACAACAACAACACUUGGACAUGGAAAUAUUAUAUCACUUAAUCAUCAACGGCAUCCUUUUGAAGAUCAUUCAAUGUGGUCAACAACUGUGCCUGCUAAACGUGGCCGACGACCUAAAUCAACAACUGUUGUUUUAACAACAGCACCAUCGUCGUCAUCAUUAAUACAAAAACCUGAGCCUAAACGACGAGGACGAAAGCCAAAACAAAAAAUUCUAUCGCCAUCUAAAUCAUUAUCAUCGACAAAUAAUAAUAAUAAUAAUAAUACUUUAAAUGAUAUUCUCUCGGAAUCAACAGAUGGUAUCGAUCAGAAACAACAACGACGUUCUACCACAGGACUGAAAUCAAUAAAAAAAUUUAAUAAUGAGGAACAACAACUAUCUGAAGAAGUUGGUUUACGUUCAAAACGACCCAUAAAACCAUCAUCACAUUCAGACUCGCAACAAAUUAUUUCUAAUAUAACAAAAAAUCAACUUCCAAUAACAACUAAUACUCCAACAAAAAUGAACCUAGGUCCAACUGGCAAUAUUGUUAUUAUGGGUAAUAUAAGUGGAGAUAAUAAAUCAAUGAACAACACUCCAACAGUAUCAUAUGAUCAAGCAGCUAUAUUACAAGCACUUCGUCAAGCAGGAGUCAAUCCAUUACAUCAUGACCCAACAGGAGACGAUUCCGAUACAGAUUCCGAUGAUGAAAGUGGAUCUGACGAUGAAUGUAUGGAUAGUGAUAAUGAAAAUAACCGUUUAUCAAAUAUGAAUGAUAGUGUAAGUCAUUUAAUAAAUACAGCAUCACGUGGACGAACACGUCAAUCAACAAAAAAUGCUAGUAAUAAAAAGCCUUCGACAAUGCGUCGUUCAACAGCAACAAAUAACAAUAAUAAUAAUAAUAAUAACAACAAGAAAAAACGAGAAAAUCUCGAUAAAAGUGAUACGGACGACGAAGAUGAUGACGAUGACGAAGACGAAGACGACGAUGAAGAUGAUGAUGAUGACUCAUCAAAUGAAGAUCUCGAUGAAUUAGGCGUUGGAAAUGAUACUAAUAAUAAUUUAAGUGGCAUUGUUGAUUCACUAGAUGGUGAUUCAUCAUUGAUUGUACCUCCAGAUUUUUCUAAUCCUGAUUAUGUACAAAAUCUUGUUAAACCACAUCGUAAACGUCGUGCACAUUUACCAAAUGAUGAUCAACCUAAAACUAUACGUUGUCCACAAUCAGGUUGUACAAAAAUGUUUCGUGAUACUGCAUCAAUGAAUAAACAUUUACAUACACAUGGCCCACGUGUUCAUGUGUGUCAUGAAUGUCAAAAAUCAUUUGUUGAAAGUUCAAAAUUACGGCGUCAUCAACUUGUACACACAGGUGAAAAAGCAUUUCAAUGUCCAUUUGAAGGAUGUGGAAAACGAUUUUCACUUGAUUUCAAUCUACGCACACAUGUUCGAAUACAUACAGGUGAUAAACCAUAUGUUUGUCCAUUUGAUGGUUGCAGUCGUCGUUUUGCACAAUCAACGAAUCUCAAACAACAUCUUUUAACACACGCAAAAAUUCGUUCACAUCAACCAUUUGCUAUUCCAGCUGUGGCUGUUACAAUUACAGAAAUUCAACCACAGUAUUGA